CUACGACACACUUGUACCUUACUGACCCUGUUAUGGUUAUAACGUUGACAAAAUACCGUGAGAGGACGAGGUAUCGCGAGACUUGUUUACUCGUAAUGGUGAAACAGGUUGCAAUGGAAUUAUUACAAAGAUGACCUGAAGUCUAAAACACCAGACGUAGGACAGUACUGAAAUCAGCAACAAUGGACAGAGUUAGAAUAAUACUUGCGGGGUUCAUUUUUGUGAACCUGUUUACCUACUCGGCUUCGGUUCUGUCCUUCAAGACCUCUCUCCAGGGAACUGUGUUUGAGUCUACUACAACACGCACCAACAUUGUGUGUGUGGACUGUGUAGACGACGCUGGCAAGCCCGUGACUGUCAGGAAAACUUCAAUUACAAACCAAUUCCAGUGUGGAAACUGUUUCGAUGUCUAUACAGGAAUUGACGCUUCAUCGGCUAGCAACUGGUGUGUUUUCUAUCUACCGAGUCAAGGCAAAUUGAACUACACCCUAGCGCAAGAAUACAGAAUGUCUCUUACCUGUACUAACGACGUUGAUCCGGCUAUCUCAACCGAUGUCCUAAUCAAGGUGGCCACCAACGAACCGCCAAGGAUCGACAAUGCACAACAGAUGUGCCCAACGCCUAUAAAAGCUGACUUUACGAAUGCGGGAGAUACGGUCUUUAACACUCUGAAGACCACCAUAUCAGACCCUGAUGGAGACACACUCUUCUGCUCUAUGACAACUAUACCACCGUCAAGCAACUUUGAGAUUGACCCAAUUACCUGCGAUAUUCGAGCGAAGAAGAAUCUGGAGAUGGAAUGCAACCCGUCCAUAACCUUCCUUGUGUCAGUCAACGACGGCACUAACCCUAAUGUGGGCCCUAUAGCAGUCACGUGUGCAAUAACAGGUUUCUUGAAAAGCCCACUAGAUCCCAAACUGAACCGUACAAUUUCGGUAAGAGAAGACCAUCCAAACGGAACCUCGAUGUACUCGUUGGACCCUCCUACAAUUUCGCCAGCUGUCGUCUACAGCAUCGUCAGCGUGACUCCUCCUCAAGCUCACAAGCUGUUCUCCAUUUCAAACGGUCGAUCAUCUAUAACCUUGAAUGAAGAACUGGAUUACGAAAACCCAUUUUUCGCCGAUAUCUACCUCAACAUAUCCGCCGACAACGGCAACUGUGACUUGGUGUACCAGUAUCUAAACGUACGUCCCAUUGAGGUCAACGAACCCCCUGUUCUCAACCCGAAAGUCUACUACCAGCAGGUCAACGAGGAAUCGAUCUACGUGAACCCAGGCUACCUUUGCGAGGACGAGGAUCGUGGAGACAAGUGCCAGUUCAGGAUUGUGGGUGGGAAUGACGAGGGCAUUUUCCAGAUCAACCGCGACACGGGGGAAAUAACUGCUCGCUACAACAUCGACAACAACGUACGAGAAUUAAAUCGUACCCUCCUCAUAGAAGCAGUUGACCUUCAGGGUUUGACGGACAACGUCACCGUCAACCUGAACAUCAGAGACAUCAACGACAACAGACCCUACUUCCGGCAAGAUGGGUCUGGCCUGGCGUACACAGUGACUGAAUGCACAGGUACUGGAGUGCUUCCAGUGAAUUUUGAGGCUUUCGACGAUGACUCUGACUAUAAAGGCAACAACAUCAUCACGUUUACCCCAGCUAGAAGCGACUGUAUACAAAUACACGCUGAUGGUACAGUGCACCUCCUGAAGACGUUGCUGCAGCCCGAGAGUUGUGUGUUGACCACUCGUGCCGUUGACCAAGGGGAAUUCCCAGGACCGUUGACGUCACAAAUCGCUGCCACGGUCACUGUGACGUCAUCAGAUUGCCCUCCAACACCAACGGUGGCUGUAGAUCCUAAUGAUAAUAAUAAUAAUAAUAAUAAUAAUGGCGGCGAUACGACAGUAGCUGCGACCACCGCCGCUGUAGGUUUGUCAGGAAAUGCAGCCACGACUAACUUCGACGCCAUUUUCGGCAUACUAGGAGGGAUAUUAGGUGCCAUCUUGCUGGGUACUCUACUGGCUUGUUGCUGUCGACGUUGCUGUGGAAAGAAAAAAACAGCACCGUUCUCAUCUGACCAAUCAGCGGCCAAUAAGAAAAAGAAAUUCGAUACCAUCAAGAAGAAAAAAGUUAAGGCAAAAGCUGCGGCGGCAGGAGGGGCGGCAGCAGGGGCAGCGGUGGCAGCACCGACCGUGGUACAACGUUUCCUCAGGGUCAGACGAAAGAUUCCCUUCCUCCGUGUGAAGAAGAGGGUGCCGGUUCCAGUUCGGACAGUGCGGCAGCUUGUACCCGUGCCCAACGGACAGGUUUUCCGGACACCGUACCCUGUGGCGCCACCCCCGUACUCUGUCAGAACAGCACCCGCUAAUUCGGUCAGGCAGGUGCUUCCAGCACCCCCGCCAUACCGGGCAGUGGGCACAGCGCCCGUUAGAUAUAAUUAGUUGUCUCACGUAUGCGUGCGCACAGGGCGAAUGCCAUACUCCAGACGUUGGUGUAUUAAACCGUUUCAGAGACCGAGGCCUGCGGUCAGAAAACGUUAUAACAAAACAUUACUGUUUAAAGGAUUUUAUUUCUAUUACUACAACGAAGGGUUAUCCAUUAGGAAUCCCGGAUUGAAAUGAUAUUCUCUUCACGCAUGCAUUAAGUAAUGUUUCAACAUAAAGGAAGGUGAAAUAUGAUUGUAAAUAUGUAUGAAGUAAAACAGUGUUACUGAUGUGGACACGUGACAAAGUAUUCAGUGGUAAUUGUGAUUCGGUUUAAAUGAUGACUUACGUCACGUGCUAACAUUCCACAGAUUAGGGCAAACUAACACUUAGAUGCCGUGGAAUAGGUCUUCACCAACCCACGCUUCUCGUAAAAGCGCGACUAAGCUUAUCAUAAAAGGCGACUAACGGGAUCGGGUGGUCAGGCUCGCUGACUUGGUUGAUGCAUGUCAUCGUAUCCCAAUUGCGUAGAUCGAAAAGGUGACUAACGGGAUCGGGUGGUCAGGCUCGCUGACUUGGUUGAUGCAUGUCAUCGUAUCCCAAAUGCGUAGAUCGAUGCAAAUAAUGUCAAUCAAUGGAUUGUCUGGUCCUGACUCGAUUAUUUACAGACCGCAAUCAUAUAGCUGGAAUAUUGCUAGGUGCGGCGUUAAACAACAAACAAACCAACAAACUUAGAUGCAAGCAACAGCAAUUGAAGAAGCACUAGUUUGUAUGUUAACUACGUAUGUGAUGCAUCGGCAGCACAUCCAUCAAUGCAUUGCCAGCGGUGACACAAAUCGCACAUAUAUCAAAACUUUAUUACAAAUAAAUGCAUUGUAUCUUAAUAUAUGUCCGAUAGGUCAUAGAUUGUGGUUCAUUACAUAUGUCGGAUAUAUCAGAUAUUGUGGUGUAUUGUAUUAUAUAUAACUUGUUGUAUUACAGUUUUGUGUUCUGGACAUAUUGUAUAUCUACAUUUGUAAAUAUUUGUAUGAGUA